AUGUCCUCCCCAACCGACACCACUCCCCUCCCCCUCCCCGACGCCAAACCUUCCUCUCCCACCACCACCACCGCGGGAACCCCCUGGCAAGACCGCCGCGGCAUGUUUCAACGCGGCAAAGAAGUCCACGAACCCGCUCGUCGGCCCUCGCAAUCCUACGGAGGAGCAGGAGGGACCGCCGUCCUCGACGCCAUGCGCCGCGCUUCCACCGCUUCCUCCAACGCGGGGAGUCUGGUCGAUAAGCCGUUGACGAAUGAUGCUGGGUCUUCACCGAGUAGUCCCAUCGGAGGGGAAAGGAGACGGUCUUCCGCGGCAUCCAACGGCGGGAAAUUCAGUAAUCUCACGCAUCAUAAGCGGGGAAGUGAGGAUUAUGCUGCGAGGAGGGCGAGUCAGACGGAGCAGAAUCAGGCGGGUGAAGGGGUUAUGGCGGGAUGGUUCAAUUCGACGUUUAGGGGCGUGCAGAAGCCGAGUGAGCAGAAGCCGGAGGAGAGGGGGGUUAUGGAAUAG